GCAAGUGCGGGGCAUCUCUGGCACCACUGUGUGGCUUGAUGUCUGCUUGAUAUCAUGAGUUUUUCGAUUAUCUGUAUGAUUUUUUUUGUUUUGAAAGUGGAAAUCUUUAAAAGACCUCUAAGAGAGGAAAAUCGCGCACCAAUUUUCCUGAAGUGUGGGAUACAACCGCCUAUCCACUAAAAUCUUCCUUUCCUAUAUCAUCCUAGGACAAAACCGUAUUGUUUUUGUGAGGUUAGAACAUCCAAGCUCUUGGAAAUUUUAGAAUACGUUUACCUUCUUGAGAACAGUUGCAAGCGACGAUUAGGAUGUUUCGUUCGACGAGGGGUUUAAUCGUCGCGGUGCGUCGCGUGAAAAACGCGUGCGAUCGCCGUCUACACACAUGUGGCCAACGAUUGUCAGAGGCCGUCGAAUAUGAAUCUCCCAUCACGGACGAGUAUAAAAAGGGCCCGAUGGAGGGUAGAGCCCUUUACUUAGAUGCCCAAGCCACUACUCCAAUGGACCCUCGGGUGGUGGAUAAGAUGAUGCCAUAUAUGACGGUGUACCAUGGCAACCCACAUUCCAGAACUCACAUGUACGGUUGGGAAUCGGAAGCGGCGGUUGAACAUGCUCGCCAGCAAGUUGCAGAUCUGAUUGGAGCGGACAAGAAGGAAGUGAUAUUUACAUCUGGAGCGACAGAGAGCAACAAUAUUGCUGUGAAGGGUGUAGCAAGGUUCUACAAAUCCAAGAAAAAUCAUGUUGUGACGACCCAGACAGAGCACAAGUGUGUACUGGAUUCAUGUAGAGCUUUGGAAGCAGAAGGAUUUGAAGUAACAUACAUUUCUGUUAAUUCAAAUGGUCUUAUUGAUAUUAAUGAACUAGAAGCAGUCAUCAAGCCAUCCACAGCACUGGUUUCCAUAAUGAUGGUUAAUAACGAGAUUGGUGUUAGGCAACCUAUUGAAGAAAUUGGCAAGAUUUGUAGGAAGAAAAAGAUUUUCUUUCACACGGAUGCAGCACAAGCUAUAGGCAAAAUGCCAAUCGAUGUUAACGCUAUGAAUAUCGAUCUUAUGUCUAUCAGUGGCCAUAAGAUAUAUGGUCCAAAAGGUAUCGGAGCCUUAUAUGUUAGAAGAAAACCGCGGGUACGCGUGGAGCCAUUGCAAAGUGGCGGUGGACAAGAGAGAGGAAUGAGAAGCGGUACUGUGCCGGCACCCUUGGCUGUAGGAUUGGGCGCUGCUUGCGAGUUAGCACAGACAGAAAUGGACUACGAUCACAGAUACAUCAACUCGCUGUCGAAUCAUUUGAUCGAGAAGAUAAUGUCAAACUUGCCGCAAGUCGUGCGAAACGGUGAUCCCGUGGCCUGGUACCCCGGCUGCGUGAACUUGUCGUUCUCCUGCGUGGAAGGUGAAUCGCUAUUGAUGGCUUUGAAGAAUGUGGCGCUAAGCAGUGGUUCAGCUUGCACCAGCGCGAGCUUGGAACCCAGCUAUGUGCUAAGAGCGAUCGGAGUCUCAGAGGAUUUGGCUCAUUGCAGUAUCAGGUUCGGCAUCGGACGAUUUACAACGUUCGAAGAAGUCGAUUACACAGCGGACAAUACGAUACAGCAAGUGAAGCGACUUCGGGAGAUGAGCCCACUGUGGGAAAUGGUGAAAGAUGGUAUUGACCUGAAGACUAUUAAAUGGACUCAGCACUAGUGCCUCAUUAUAGCGUGUAGCCUUUACAAACUUAAGUAUAUAUAGUAUAUAUAUUGAUCAAGUGUAUAAUACAAUAUACUGAUCGUAAAUUAAUAGAGCAUAUAUUAAUAGAGCAAGCCUAGUCGAUUAAGGUAUAAUUUAGCAACGUAUAAUAAAUUUGCAAUCGA